AUGGAAGGCCAAUGUGGUGGUUCCAGUCUGAGACAUAUGCCUGACGAUGACAGUGAUUACUCCGUUGCUGGAACGGAUUCGGAGCAUCGUUGUGAAAUUCUUUUUGUGUAUAGGCUGAAGUUGGUUUGGAACAAAAGUGAGGACAAAACUUUUCUUGGUGCAUGUAUCCAUGAACUAACCACUAAUGGUCGUGAGGGUUCUGGGCUUAAGGCUAGUUCAUGGAAGAUAGUACGCGAAAAAUUGAUGAACGAACACAGUAAAGAGGUUGAUCAGAAGCAAAUGAGAAACCACUUUGACUACUACAAAUCAAAGUAUGUUGCUUGGGUGAAACUGAAAAACAAAACCGGCAAUAUAUAUGACCCUAUAAAAAAUAAAUUUAACAUGACUGAUGAACAAUGGAAGGAAGAGGGGAAGUUGAACAAGCACAUGUUGUCAUUAAAAACUAAACCCCUGUUGUUUCCUGAUCUUUGCACCCAAUUAUUUGAAGGGUCGACCUCAACCGACUUUGAAAGUUGGGGGCCAUCUUCUACACUCCCUCGUCCUGUAGAAGAGUUUAGUGCCCAUGAUUUUGAUGAUGAUGUUCUAAUGGAAACCUCAACACAACAUAUAGGUGCAAGUGAAGAGUCUUCAGGGCGUUCAAAACACACGGAAAUUGGUGGAAACAAAAGAGUUGGUGGGAAAAAAAGAGAUGUAAGGGCAUUAGAAGUUGAAUAUGAGAUUAUCAAGCUUGCAAGGUUGUUAGUGGAAAAAAAUGAAAGAAUUGAAAAAAGAGAAAUGGAUAAGGAUGUUGAUGCGUGUAUGGAGAAAUUAAACAAAAUGGAAUGGGGAGAAGAAGAUGAAAGACACAAGACCGCUCUUUUGCUAUUUGGUGAAAGUGCUGAUGUUCGAAAAGUUUGGUUACGACUUUCGCAUACUAGUUGUGAGUCGUGGGUGAUGGGUGCGGGUGCAUUAGAUGGAACUCUUGUACAUGCGGUUGUACCCGUUGAUCAACAAACUCGUUAUAGAGGAAGAGGAAAAGGAGAAUGUUUUCAAAAUGUAAUAGGAAUUUGUGAUUUUGAUUUGAUAUUCACCUUUGUUUGGGCUGGAUGGGAGGAUAAAUAUUACCUUUGUGAUGCCGCAUUUACAAACACUCGUGGGUUUAUGGCUCCAUACUGCAAUACUAGGUAUUGGUUAGCCGAUUUUCGAAGAGGCAGAUUUUUAACUAGAGAAGAAAGGUUCAAUUAUGCUCAUGCACAACUUAGAAAUGUUAUUGAGCGUGCUUAUGGUGUAUUGAAGGCGAGAUUCCCAAUCUUAAAACAAAUGGCUCAUUAUCCCUUUACAGUGCAAAGAGACAUAGUCAUUGCUUGUGUCGCGGUCCAUAAUUUUAUAAGGAAAUACAAUAUAGAAGAUGACUUGUUUAGAAAUUUUGAGGACACUAUGAUUACUCCUGACGUCCAAGGUGGGGGAAUUGAUAGAGAAAACAUACAAGGCAUAGAAUGGGGUCCAGAAGUCGUUGAAUAUAUGCGUGCUUUGCGUGAUUAG